UUAUUCCGCAUCCUCCUCCGAGAUAGAUUCCACAUCACUAUAAAUAUCCGAAUCUUGACUCAUCCCUUCAGUCGUCUCCAGAAAUCCGGAGUGGAAAACUACAAAGCAAUAAUCGGACUCUUUCUUCCAUCUACAAUCUGAGGUCACUCGCUGGUAACAUUUCUCUGAAGAACAAUGGCCGUUUCUGUCAAGUCAAUGGCUCUCAUUGUCGCAACUUUUGGUGUGAUAUCCUUUAUAUUUGGAGUCGUAGCUGAAAACAAGAAGCCUGCAGCUGGAACUCCCAUCCAAGGCAAGGGCCUUGUUAUCUGUAAAUAUCCAGGCGACCCAACUGUGGCGUUGGGAUAUCUUUCGGUUUUGUUUCUUCUUGCCUCAUCGAUUGCUGGAUACUUUUCCUUAUUCUAUCCUUAUCAAGGAAAAUCUGUUCCUCGAGGUGCCAUGUUUAGGAGCAGCAGUUUCUCUGUUUUCUUCAAUAUUGCUGUGUUCACGACUGGAUUAGCUAUAACUUUGCUCGUAUGGCCCACGGUCACAGAGCAACUUCACUUGAUGCGCAAUGUUCAUCACAAUCUCGAGACAGAGUGCCCGACCGCUAAGACCGGUCUUCUGGGUGGCGGUGCUUUUCUAUCCCUGGAUUCAUCCCUCCUCUGGUUGGUUGCUUUAAUGCUGGCUGGGAAUGCUCGAGAGGACUACUUUGAAGAAAUUGAGGAAACAGGAACCAACAGUGAAGCUCUUAAGAGCAGUGCAUGAAGGAAGAAGAAAGGCUUUUCGUUUAGGUUUAGUGAUAAUUGAUAAUUUAGGAUUAGUGAUAAUUUGGUUUCUCUAUAGUUUAGUUUAGUUGUUAUUGAGUGAGGAUUUACUUGUGAAUAUGGCAUUCUUUCUUAUAAUUUUACUAUUGGCUACACA